AUGUUAUUCGAGUCUAUGCGCAAACAUCUGAAACUUCAAAUGGAGGUCUACCUGCAGCGUCUUGCGGCAAUCUGUUCACCCGACAACGAUGCCACAAGCUACGAGCGGCGAGAGGUUGCCCUGGAUUCCGUUGUUCGUCUCUUUCUUGUACCCGGUUUGGCCACCGAGCUUUAUGUGAACUACGACUGCGAUCCGUACUGCUCCAACCUUUUCGAAGAGAUCACCAAAAUGUUGGCCAAAAAUGCGUAUCCUGUGGACAGGUUGAUGGGCACCCACCUACUGUCUUUGGAUGCCCUGCUCGCUGUGUUGAACACCAUCGGGGUCCAGAGUUCUUCACGACCCGGAAGCACUAAUCCGGAUGAUCAUUCUACCCUCCCUCAAGUUUCCUCCAGCUGUGGCCUCUCUUCCAAACUCCGUCCCCCUGUACCUGCGAUUGGAACGGAUCCAAUCGUUAUGCGCAGGGCACGCCUCAAUCGCCAUCCGGUUGAUCCAGUUCAACUCCCCUCUCGUGAGGAUUUGAACUCUUCAAGGACCAUGAAGAAAGUCCUAAUUCUCGGAUCAGACCAAUUCAACGCGAAGCCCAAACAGGGGAUUGCUUUUCUGCAACAGUACCACGUACUACGUAGCCCUUUGGAUCCAAACGAAUUGGCACACUUUUUACGUGAAAACCCACGCCUGGACAAGCGGAUGAUUGGCGAGUUUUUGAGCGACCGCGGGAAUGGAGAUGUUCUCGCUGCCUACGUGAGGCAGUUCAACUUUGCAGGCGUAUCAAUUGAUGAAGCCCUUCGUGUAUAUCUGGAGGCGUUCCGUCUACCGGGCGAGGCUCCUCUGAUACAACGUGUUAUGGAGCAGUUUGCUGAACAAUGGUUCGCUGCAAAUGAUUCACCGUUCGUGGACGCGGACGCUGCAUUCACUCUGGCUUAUGCAAUACUCAUGCUCAACACUGACCAACACAAUCCAAACUCGAAGAGACAGAAUGCUCCCAUGACGGUCACUGACUUCAAAAAAAACCUCAGCGGCAUGAACGGCACUGGUGACUAUGACCCGGACCUACUUGAAUCUAUCUACACCAAUAUUCAGCGGAAUGAAAUUGUGACACCUAGCGAACAACCCGGUUUGGUCAGGGAGAACUACCUCUGGAAAUGUCUUUUGAAUCGUUCGAAGACUUCACAGGGAAAGUUUGUGCAUGUACAAACUGGGGCACUGGAUGCCGAUCUGUUCGAUCUCAUCUGGGGCCCAACAGUAUCUGCACUUUCGUUCAUCUUCGAUAAGACGAAUGAUCCGGCGGUUCAAAGCAAAGCUGUCCACGGUUUCAUUCGAUGCGCUGCGAUCGCCGCCCAACAUGGGAUGAGCGACGUGUUGGACAAUCUUAUAAUCUCUCUGUGCAAGUUCACCGGAUUACUGACCACCGGAGAGAAUCCGUCUAGUCUGUCUGUAUCACUUGGUCGUAAUGCAAAGGGCCUCCUUGCUUUGAGGUUGGUGUUUGCCCUCACUUCGAGCCAUGCGGAUAUUUUGCGGUACGGUUGGCAUUCACUGCUGGAUUGCCUGCUCCAGCUGUUUCGGGCUAAUCUGCUCUCGGACGAUCUGACCGAGUCAGAAGACUUCCUUGCCCCGUCUCAUCGCGUCCGGAUUACUGCGAGGGGUUGCGUACCUAUUGUAUUGGAUCCAAAGGGCCGCAAACGGAGCGCGGGUCAGGGCCAGUCAAAUCGUGAGCUGAGUGUCCUGAGUUCGUUUUACCAAUACUUUACUUCUGGAUCAGCAUGGAGUGGCUCCGCAGAUGGAGAGGAAGUGGAAGAAACCUCACCACAGCAAUAUCAUUCUGACGAUCUGGAUGGUCGGAUGUGGGGAUCCACUCCAAGUCCUCCCACGGGAUCACGACGGAAAUUGCAAGACCAGCUGAGCACAGCAGACUUCUGGACUGCUCCGUUGCACAGCUCCCAGUUGGACGAAUCCCGGGCUCAUCAGAUUGCGUAUGAAACCAUCCAAGAGUGCGACGUAGCACAGCUAAUCAAGGACACUAAAUUCAUCGUGGAUGCGUCUUUAAACGAACUUGUCAAGGCUUUGCUUCGCGCUAUUCGCGGAGAUCCUGUUGGCAACUUCGCAGAACGCAGUGGCAACACGGCAGUUGAAUCUUCGGGCCCCCAUCCUUUUGUGACACGGCAAGACAAUUCGAUCAAUCCUGCAGCUACUUUAGAGGAUCGUUUUACAGAACAAAAGCUAAGUGUGUCCACCGCGGGGCAAUCAGUUCACUUUGAUUCUACCCACACAGUCCGCCGAAGUGUACCAGCACCGUCGACAACCGCAUAUUACCCUUCGUUUUGUUCUAUGGGUGGUUCUCCCGCUGAAGAUUGUAGAAUGUUUUGUCUCGAGUUGCUCAUUCGGAUCUUGCUUCACAACCGAGAUCGUGUAUCCAAUCUGUGGCCUUUGGUCCAGUGCUAUCUAGCUGAUUUGCUCUCCGUGGCCGUGGAACCAACUUCUUUGCUGGAACGCGUCAUAGUGGGAUUUCUCCGCUUGGCUAUCUGCCUCAUUCAACGACAUGAGAUGACCAGUCAGGUGUUCGCCUGUUUGCACUACAUUCUGCUCACUCGCGGUGAUCAGCUGUUACUUUGCCGUGCAUCGGAUUGCGCCCAACAGCGUGCUCCAACUGUCGGUUCGAAGCCUCACGCUUCAGGAUGCAACAACAUGAUUGGUCUUCAAAUUGUAGCCGGAUUAUCUCAGCUACUACGCCACCAUGCUGCCGAUUUGCCCGACCCCGUUACCGAUUGGCAGUUGCUUUUUAAUCUUCUUGAAGUGACUGGAGCUGGUGUACGAGCACAACCGAGUUUCCUAGAUCGUUCGCGACUCUCUCACUAUUCUAGCCUUCACGAUUUCACAACCACUCGCGACCAUCGUGGUAUCCUCCGCUCCUCACCUCCCGGCCGUGGUUACACCAGUGACAGUGAGACCUCAGCUUCACUUUGUCGUCUCUCGCCUCCUCCGAAAUCUCCACUCUCCCUACUAACCUCCAAAUUAAUAAUGUCACCGCAGUCCAGUGUAGAGGACGAUCCACAAAGGCUUCAUCCAUCCUGCAACAUUCCCGAGGCGGCGUGGAUAUUGGUGGACAAGAAUCCCGUGUCAACCACCGGGUUUCCUGAUGCCCCCUCUCUUGAAGUACCUUUGACCCCGGUGGUUGAACCCAGAGACGGUAAGUCCAUACCUUCCGGAUCUUCGUCGGCCCCAUCCGCGGAUAAUAACAUUCGAGGAGACCUAUGCGUCGAUUCAUCACCAGAACCUCCAUCUCAGCUGCUUCCUUCCGAUGCUUUGGAGCUAAAAGUAACCAUCGGCUUCAGAGACCCCACGAUCAUGAGGCGCGCGGCCGACUGUCUUGACUUCCUAAUACGUGACCCCGCACACGUCACACCGGAUAACUUUGAACAUUGCGUUCGAACCCUUCGCAUCUUCGUAGAGGCCUGCCUUAUCCGUGCAACGCGUGUAAAUAAACGCAGUAGGCGCUCUGCUACGCAACAGUCGGUUUCGCCUUCAUGGCGGCGGUCAGGUCUUGCCAUCGGAGCAACGGUAGCGCCAGCCAAUCUAUCUAACAAUACCCGAUCUGUCUAUUGUGAAUCUGAUUCUGACCCUGACGAAGAGGAAGGACGACGUGUGCAGCAUGCAAAGUCGACAGCCGAACUCUCACUCAGUCCCACGACCGGAUUUAUUGCCAUUCAGCUACUGGAUCUGAUACACAUUUUGUUCACGCGAGCCACCUCCAUCUACACUGAAUGGACUUCAUGCAACUCCAGUGCGUUGCAAACGGUCGAUGAAAACCAGGAUGAGUCGCACGCUGCUCGAAUCAGCUUCUUGUGGCCCCAUUGUUGGUGUCCCCUGCUACAGGCCACGGCUCGCUUGUGUUGUGACUGUCGACGAGACGUAAGGACAGAUGCGUUAGCUUAUCUUCAGCGCGCACUCCUUUCUCCUGUGUUGCAGUCUCUGUCUGGGUCGCAGUGGGAGGAUUGCUUCGACAGGAUUCUCUUCCCCUUGUUGUCGGCGUUUUUGGAAAGCAUCGCCUUGGAAGAGACGCUAGCGUCUGCUCGGACCCCCACUUCACCUCAGUUCGGCUCCCAUUUUCAUGCUGCCGAGUAUGUGGAUCCUCGAAUGCGAGCCAUUCCCCUCCUGACCAAGGUGUUUUUGCAACAUCUACGUCCUCUCUAUCAGUCGCCAAACUUUCAUUCUUUAUGGACACGUAUGCUCGCAUACAUAAAACACUACAUGCAUGCAAGCACUUCCGAUUCGUUGACGGAUGCUGUCCGGGAAUCGCUGAAAAACGUUCUGCUAGUUAUGUUCACGGGCACUCAUGACACUCCCCCCAUAUUACUACGGGACGCUGAACUCCAUAGUACUGAACGAAUGCUCUGGGAUUUGACAGCCCUACAACUCUCCACUUUCGCACCAUCGUUGCUGGAUCAGCUGUUUCCCCCAACACCUGAGAAUAACAUUACCUCUCCUUGCAAUGUCUCGGAGCCCGCAGAACCGUCGCCCGAUGAAACUCUCUCUCUCACUUCGACGUCCACUGAAACCGUAUCCCCAAACGGCAAUGGCUCCGAAGCCCCAACGGCUGCUUCCGUUUCCGACCAGCCACUCCCAUCCAACCUUUCUAUCUGUGGAUCAGAAACCCCAACUUCGGUCGUUGGUGGAGUCAAUUCUACCGUACAAGAUUUGUAGCUUCCAGUUACUUGACCUACGAUUCCGUUGGCGUGCGACACUUCUUGACCCUCCAAUGUGAUUUUAUGUGCACUCUUCGCGAUGUCCCCCACCAACUGGUCCCAUUUUAAUGGUUCUUUUUCUCUCCUAUUCUCAUGUCUUUCACAUUUGACUUAAAUACACACACAUUUUCUACUUGCAGAUGAUGCCAAAGUUAACGCGUUGUGACUCCGCUCUAUUUGUUCCGGUCUCCCACAUCCCCGGUACCUCAACUACGUUUGCUCAUAUAUGUGGCUUAUUUCUCUCAUUCAUGACAUUUUAUCCGCCACCAAUUACUUUCAUUAUCCCCUCGUCACUCUCACGGUGCGGUUCUAUCCAUAGCGGCUGCUACUGCAUUGUUUGCCAGUUUUGUAAUGGCUGCCUGGCCAGCUUUUCAAAUUGACACCCGUAUCCUCUGCCGUACACGUAAUCGUGAGGCGCCCCUACCGAAUAAUUCCAUUCCAUCCGAUAUAUCGUAAUGUGAUGCCAUUGGCAGAUCUAGCUUACUUGGUCUUUGUAGCGCUGUGCCUAGAAACGCAGUUAGAUGCC